AGGGGGGAUCGGGGUGUUGGAUUUGCCCCCACCUGGUUUCUGUCUACAAUGGACUGCCUCUGCAUCGUAACCACAAAGAAGUACAGGUAUCAGGAUGAGGAGACUCCGCCCCUGGAGCAUAGCCCUGCCCACUUGGCCCACAGUAAAAGUGCUGAGAUGCUGCACAUGAGUGACAAGAACCUGGCUGCUAUGGACACCAUGCACGGCUACGCACCACACACACACAUCUCUCCUGUGAAGCCCGUGUUGCUCUCUGCCGGUCACACACCGCUCUACACCUCCGCCGUCUCCACACUGGCUAAUUCUCCACCAGUGGUAGUAAACACAGAUACACUCGAUGGUUCACCUUACGUUAAUGGGACAGAGGGAGAGAUUGAGUAUGAAGAGAUCACGUUGGAAAGAGGGAACUCAGGUCUGGGCUUCAGUAUAGCAGGUGGUACAGAUAAUCCUCAUGUAGGAGACGAUCCAAGUAUCUUCAUCACCAAAAUCAUCCCGGGAGGAGCAGCAGCUCAGGAUGGGAGACUGAGGGUGAACGACAGCAUUCUGUUUGUCAACGAUGCUGAUGUGCGUGAGGUGAGUCACAGUCAGGCCGUUGAGGCUCUGAAGGAAGCAGGAGCCAUCGUCCGUCUCUACGUCCUGCGCAGGAAACCCGUCGCCGAGAAGGUCACCGAGAUCAAACUCAUCAAAGGACCCAAAGGUCUGGGUUUCAGUAUAGCAGGUGGUGUUGGUAAUCAGCACAUUCCUGGUGAUAACAGCAUCUACGUCACUAAAAUAAUCGAAGGCGGAGCGGCACAUAAAGACGGACGCCUGCAGAUCGGAGACAAAAUCCUGGCGGUGAAUAACGUGUGUUUAGAGGACGUGAUGCACGAGGACGCAGUCGGAGCGCUGAAGAACACGGCAGAUGUUGUAUACCUCAGAGUGGCCAAACCCAAUAACCUGUACCUUACACACACCAACAGCUACAACCCUCCAGACCUCACCAGCACAUACUCCUCUCACAUGGACACCGAUCUCGGUCACCCCAACUUCCUGGGCUCGGAUUACCCACAAGCCCUCACUCCCACGUCCCCCAGCCGCUUCUCACCGGUGCUGCACGGCAUGCUGGGAGACGACGAUGUGCCCAGAGAUCCGAGGCGUGUGCUGAUCCACAGAGGCUCCACGGGUCUGGGCUUUAACAUCGUUGGGGGUGAGGACGGAGAGGGAAUCUUCAUCUCCUUCAUUCUGGCUGGAGGACCAGCGGAUCUGAGUGGGGAACUGCGCAAAGGAGACCAGAUACUGAGCGUGAACGGUGUUGAUUUACGAGCUGCGACACAUGAACAAGCCGCAGCAGCACUAAAAAAUGCAGGACAGACUGUGACCAUCAUUGCACAGUACAGACCUGAAGAAUACAGUCGCUUUGAGGCAAAGAUCCACGAUUUGAGAGAGCAGCUGAUGAACAGCAGUUUGGGUUCAGGAACCACCACACUAAGGAGUAACCCGAAACGAGGCUUCUACAUCAGAGCUCUGUAUGAUUAUGAUAAGACGGCGGACGGUGGGUUCCUCACUCAGGCCGUGAGUUUCCGUUUUGGUGAUAUCCUCCACGUAUUGGACUGCAGCGAUGAGGAGUGGUGGCAGGCACGGAGAGUCGGACCUCAGGGAGACAACGAGGACAUCGGCUUCAUUCCCAGCAAGAGGAGGGUGGAGAGGAAAGAGUGGUCCCGUCUGAAGUCUAAAGAACGGGAUCGCAGUCGAGACACUUUAGGAUCUCAAGGAAGAGACGAAUCAGCACACAGUUACGAGACGGUGACGCAAGUGGAAGUUCACUACGCGAGGCCCAUCAUCAUCCUCGGCCCUGUGAAGGACAGAGUGAACGAUGAUCUGCUCUCUGAGUUCCCAGACAAGUUCGGUUCCUGUGUUCCACAUACGACGCGGCCGAAGCGGGAGUACGAGGUGGACGGCAGAGAUUAUCACUUCGUGUCGUCACGGGAACAGAUGGAGAAAGACAUUCAGAGCCAUCGAUUCAUUGAGGCGGGACAAUACAACAGUCACCUGUACGGCACAAGUGUACAGAGCGUGAGGGAGGUGGCUGAACAGCAGGGUAAACACUGUAUUCUGGACGUUUCGGCGAACGCUAUCCGCAGACUUCAGGCUGCUCAGCUCCACCCCAUCGCCGUCUUCGUUCGGCCCAAAUCACUCGAGAAUGUUCUGGAGAUUAACACCCGGCUGACGGAGGAACAGGCACGGAAAGGCUUUGAUCGGGCAGUGAAACUGGAGCAGGACUUCCUCGAGUGUUUCUCAGCUGUGGUGGAGGGUGACAGUUUCGAGGAGGUCUACCACAAGGUGAAGACGGUGAUCGAGGAGCAGUCCGGUCCCUUCAUCUGGAUCCCCACCCGAGAGCGACUGAGCGAGUGAUGAGGUGAGCAUCAGAGGGAGGAAUUAACCAGGAAAAGAGGAGGACAGAUAGACGGAUGGACGGACGGAUGGAUGGAUGGACAGAACGUAUAUUUAAUAUGUAAUAUUUAAUAAACAAUAACACUCUGCGCUACUAGACGUACUGUGACUUCCGGGCGACUUGAAGUGCCGACAAAGGACAAGAGAAACUUCUGGAUUUCUGCAUGCGUCCAUAACGAUACACAGAGAGGGACGGCCCCAUGAGGAAGAGGAGGAGUCUCAGUCUGUAUGUCACUUCCUGUUUUAACUGAAACAAAAGAUGAAAUAAGAGAAAGACAGAGGACUUUUAUCAGUUCAUCUGAUCUUAGUUUCGCUGCACAGAAUUCAAAGCCACACACAAUGUUAUGGGCUAUGUUUUCCUCAAACACACACAAAGAUGUUUAGUGAAGUUCAUUCAUUUCUUUGUUCCUGGUUUGGUUUUCUUGAUUAUUAUUAUGAUGAUGAUGCACUUCUCAGAUGCUGAACAGUGACGAGCGCAGAACACUCUCACACACACACUGAGACUGGUACAGAGCAAGGAGUCAGCAGUUAAACAGAUCUGAUUAAAGAGUUUCUUUAACUUCAGUUUUCUCACAAAACUCUGGAAAGUUUCAGAAAGCUGCUUUGUUAUUGGCCAUUUUGUGUUUUGCUCCGCCCACUUUUGUUUGAUUACCACUUUAUUACAGAAUCGAGUAGAAGUCAGUAAAACACUGCACUGCUUUAGAACCUCAGCGUUCUCUAACACGGGAAUGCCUCCUCUUUCUUUGGUCUGUUAGUUUCCUCCACUGAAAUAUCGCAAGCUGAAUCUGGCAGUGAAUCGUUUGGGAGUCGACUCUUUAUUAGUGAGCCGAGUGAAAUGAUCUGACUCACUGAAAAGAGUCGGAAUUCCCUUCACUAGUGAGCACAGCUUCUGAAGGGGGGGGGGAGGGGGGAUUCACUCCACGAUGGCGGUCGUUUGUUGAUUUUAUUUCCGGUUCCGGGGUUUCUUUUUGUGAGCCAAUUCACGAAUCAUAUUUUUAAUCAUAAACACAAUAAAGCAGUUUUUUUAAACAUUUAGAAUUAGUGUAAUCCAGUGUAGAUGAUUCAGAGUGUUGAAGUCUGUCUGAGUGCUUCAGAAAGACAAGAAAACCAAAGAUAAAAGAGCCACUUCAGCUUAAAGCUAAACAUUACAGCGAGUUAGAAAAGACCAAGUUAGCUUUAAAUGCUAAACUAUCUCGCUAAAUCUGAGCGUGAGGAAACGAGCCUGACUGAAACCCAGCGAGCUGAAUUCAACCGGAAGCGAGUGAAGCCUGUUCCAGUCAGCAGCAGCAGCUUCCGGUUAGCAAAGCAGGCGAGUUAGCCAAGUUAGCAUGAAGCUAAAGGGGGGAGGGGCGCGCGCGUGUGAAUGAAGUGAAGGUCUGAGCUCGAUUUGCACUGAAUAAUGAAAGAAAAAGAUUUUAGUGGAAUUUAAACAACCGUUAAAAAAAGCAUCAGCUUUGUUUUUAUUUAUUUAUUUUUGCAUUUUUUUAUAUUUUAAGUGGGAUUUUGUUGACAUCUGUGUUCUGAGUGCAGUGACAGUUCAUGGAACUUUAUUAUUAUUAUUAUUGUUUUUUUCACAUUUUGGUUUCCAGUUUGUUUGUUUGUUUAUUUGUGUGUUUAUGACAUGGAAUGGACAGAUGCAUUGCUGUGACACUUUAUAUAAAAAACAACAAGGGGCUGUGCGCAAUCACAUGGGAAAUAAUGAAAACACACACACACACACAGAUCAUAAGUCUUUAUAAAACACAUCAUUAUACAACACAUAUAAAUUAUAUACUGUACUGUUUCUCACACACACACACACACACACAACAAUAACAGCAUAUUAUCGAGAGAAUAAUAUACACUUUUACUCUAAAUAGAGCAAAAUGAGUUAAAUUUAUUUAUUUCCAAGCAAAUGUAUUUCACUUUGUAUCG